CAGUGAGUGUUAUCUCAAAUCAGUUUUCAUAUAAGAAGUCUUCACAACGAGAUAUUGAAUUUGAUUUAAAGUUCUUGGAUUUGAUUUAAAGUGAAAGUAAAAGCAAUUAAAUAAUGCCUUCAAAGAAGAUAAUAAUAACUGAAUUCGACGCUUACAAUGAGCGCAUAGAAUUCGGGAACAAAUACAUUAUGAACAAAGAGCCAGCGCUAAGGAAAGGGCACUGGAGUGCGGGUUUGGCAUCAUUACUGACUUUCACUCAUUUGAAAGACAAAAAAGAGAAAACAAAAGCUCCUAAAUGUCAGGAAAGAAGUUACGAUCAAAUGAAACUGAGUUUAAGUCACGAAAAUCCGGCACUCAGUAAGAGUUUGAGUUCAGAAUCCAUAAGAAUUCCGAACCAAACCCUGUUUAUUGACCAACGAAUCGAUUCGCCGCUAAAACUGUCCAAAAGUGAUAGCAUUGACACCAUAUCCGAUGAUUAUAAGAGUGAUAUCAUCAGCGAUAUGUCUGCUUCUGGCUCUCACACCUCGGAGGACUCUUCGAGUAUGUCUUCGUAUGAAUGCGAAUCACUUGCCGACACAAAUGAGAGCCACAAUUGUGAGACCGUUCGUGUGAUUCAACGAUUUGGCGGUGGAUUUCAGGACAGCUGUCUCUUCCCAUUAGCUCUGACUCUGGAUUUGAGUGAUUUGACUAAAGGAAAGGUGACCUGGGAUACUAUCAACAGUAAAGCUGAUCUGACACUC